AUGAGCUCCAUCAGCCUGAGCCUACUGCUACUACUGAGUGUGGCCUCGGCAGUCUACUGCACGCCACUGCCCACCAUCACCCAGCAGGAACAGGACCGUGCAGUGGAUUUUCUCAAGAAGUUCUACAACAUGAACAAAGAAACAGGCCCGACAGUCGGAGGACGUCUGACUCCACUCACCAGGAAGCUGAGGGAAAUGCAGAGGUUCUUGGGACUGAAGAUCACUGGUAACCUUGAUGCUGACACUCUGGCCAUGAUGAAGAAACCCAGAUGCGGUGUCCCUGACAAUAACGUGGCCAAAUAUACAAUUUAUGGGAAUGAUCGGAAAUGGCAAAAGAAUGCACUUACAUACAGAAUUGAGAACUACACACCAGACAUGACUAAAGCAGAAGUUGAUGAUUCUAUUGAAAAGGCUCUUGGAGUUUGGGCCAAAGUCACACCCUUGAGGUUCACCAGGCUCCACAGUGGAACAGCAGACAUCAUGAUCUCCUUUGGCAGCGGGUAUCAUGGAGAUAGAGACAGCUUUGACGGUCCCGGUGGAACACUGGCUCAUGCCUCUUCCCCUUCUCCUGACAGCGGAGUAUUCACCCAUUUUGAUGAGGAUGAAUACUUUACCUAUCGUUCUUAUGGCACUGUUCUGUUUCUGAUCGCUGCCCAUGAAUUCGGUCACAAUUUGGGCCUGGACCACUCUCUAGACGAAGAUGCGCUCAUGUUCGCCGAGUACACCUACAGAAACCCAAACACCUUUGUUCUGCCCCAGGACGACGUCAACAGCAUCCAGUCCCUUUAUGGGGCAAACCCAGACAAAGAACCUAAUCCAGGCCCAGGCCCUCUGCCCCCCAUCACAUGUGACUCCAGUCUGGUCUUGGACGCUGUUUCAACCCUCAGAGGAAAAAAGCUCUUCUUUAAAGACAGAUCCUUCGAGGUGGUGGUGGUGUUGAGAUCCUUCGAGGUGGUGGUGGUGUUGAGAUCCUUCGAGGUGGUGGAGGUGUUGAGAUCCUUCGAGGUGGUGGUGGUGUUGAGAUCCUUCGAGGUGGUGGAGAACUACUUGACAAGUUUCUUCCACAUGAAAGAGGAGCCAGGACCUGUAGCUCUAACUCAAAAGCUGAGUGAGAUGCAACGGUUCUAUGGCCUCCACAUCACCGGGACUCUGGACAAAGACACUGUGGCCCUUAUGAAGAAGUCUCGCUGUGGGGUUCCCGAUGAAAUCUCCCGGUAUAAAACCUUUGGGAAAAGAAACAGGUGGUACAAGAAAUCUCUUACUUACAGGUAA